AACGAGGAGUCACCCUCGUAGAAUCACUCUGCUGCUGUCUCGGGGUCUUCUCUUUUAUUUUACUUAACCCGCCUGCCUUGCCUGCCACCUUUGACACCCAAGUGGACCCGUGAAGCGUCAGGUUGGGCUGGCUGUGCGUCUCAGCAGGGCCGCUGGAGAGAAGAGGAGGCAGAGCACUACUGGACCCCACAGACACUAGCAUCCCGUGCAUUCGAGAAACCAACAUCGGACCAGACGCCUGUCCUCCACCUCAACUAACCCACAGACACACCGAUCCGCCACCAUGGAAGUGAGCAGCAACGGCAGCAACGGCAGCAGCAGCAGCAUUAAGCCCCUGGCCAACCCCUUUGUGAACAGCAAGUUGUUGUCGUCCUUCCGAGCCUCUCUCCAGAAGAGGCCCCCCCCGGACACCAGCGGCACUGAGGGGUCCCCCAAGCCCAACAUCUUCGCCACCCUGUGGCGACCCAACCUCACCAACACCGAUGACUUCAUCCCCCUCUACAGCGACUGCAUUGCAAAGGCUUGCUCCAGGACCCAGGAGUACCUGCUCUUCAAAGACCCAGAGGACAAGUUCCACCCCACUCCCGAGGUGCUCACUCAGAUCUUCCUCAUGACCUACAUCGGUCAGAGCCUCAGCCUGAACAUGACGGACCACUUCAACUGCACCGUGAUGACCCCUGAGCAGCGCAUCCUGCUGGGGGCCGACUGGGUGUGGGCCGUCCUGGAGAGGCCCACCAAGAACCCUCGCAUUCAGAUCGCCGUCAGGGUGCUGCACCUGCCCGACAGGGAGGGCAUCGCGGAGGAUUACCCUCCAGAGGGGCGCACAGAGUCCCUGCAGAUGGCCCAGCAGGAGUCCAGCAACAAGACGGUGUGCGAGAGGAUGGUGGACUUCUGCGCGUCCAUCGGUAAGGACUGCUACGCGCUCUUCCUGUUCAUGGGACGGAAGAACGACACGGGGAAGAUCUACGGCGUGCUCAGCAACAACUUCCAGGCCGCCGCCGGGAAGGUUGAUAAGAUCGACCGGGAUCUGAUUGAGAACUUCUUUAAAGGCUCCCGGUACCUACACACCCCCACGGGGAUGUUGCAGACCAUUACCACCAAGAAGGACGAGGAGCCGCUCACGGUGCUAAUCAAAUUCAACUGAGCAGCUGUGGAAAGUUCUUUCAUAGCCGUGUUCAAAUGAGGGGGACAUGAUCGCAGAGAGGUGGUUCAAAACUCUGACCAUCAUUGGAAUUAGCGUUACAUGAAGUUAAGUUGCAACACCUUUCCUAAGUUAAAUUGGCUACUAUACCACUGCAGCACACAUUUUUUUGGAAUAGCCUAUAAUUGCCAUUUUCAUUCUUCCUAGAUACCAAUGUGCCUAUUGUUUACAUAAAUAAAUAUAAUAUAAAUGAAUGCAAACAUUGAAAGAGAUAUUAAGGGUUAUUAACAUGUUUGACUAUAUAUGUUUUUUGUCUUUAAUUAUGUCCCUUCUAUCUUGUGUCUUCUAUCUACAUCAUAAUUUAAAGGUAGUCCUUCCAUAACUAUGUCUAAUAAGUAAUUUUACUAAUGUUUAAAAUGUAUAGGCAAGGUGACGGUGUUCAUGCUUUAGACCACAGAUUGAAUUGAAAAUUGAAAUCAUUAAUAAAAUGAAUGAAAUCCCAAGAACGGUUAAACUAGGCUGCAGAAACUUGCUUUCUCAAAACGUUGUUGAGAUGGAUUUAUUGUAUAUUUAUUAUUACGCUUUUCCCUGAUCAAAGAUUGUUUUGUUUGAAACAACCGGAUACUUGGAUGUUUCAAUAGCAUGCUCUAUUUUAAAGUUACAUGGGACAACGCUUAUAAAUGGCAACGAACAAAAAGCCAGUGGCCAGGACUUUAUUAAAAACACAUACUGAAUAUCAAGUAUAAAAAGAGAUUAGAUCUGCAAAUAAAUAUUGUGAAUGUAAUGUUAGACAAAUCACAAGAAACCAGCAGAUUUUCCGUACCAAAAAUUGCAAUUAAGCAAACAUUUUAUUUAGAGACAGUUUGAAAAUAAUAGCAUUUUGUCCUACAAAGUUAAAGUACCAGUUGAUACGACAGGUACGGCAAACUCUCCCAAGUUAUUCCCAUUGACCUAUUAAAGAAGGUUAUUCCGCGGCAGUUUAAUGAGAAUUGCCUCCCAAACGUGAGAUGUAUUUUAGGGUUUCCAUGGAGACCACCAUCCACCAUCCACCUGGGUCUGGAGAGCCAACAACCUGCUAUACUCUUUUUCAAUGGCAUGAUUAUAUUACGUUUCCAUGGAAAUAUCCAUUCGAUGUUAUAUCCUACAAUGCAUGCAAAUAAAAGUUCCUCGCCUGAAGCUAUUUCUCCAGAGCUGAUAAUCAACAGCCCUCUUCGCUUCGUCACCGAGACAACUAUGAUCCGGUAAAGGGGGUAUAGUGGUUUUAUGUUGAAAGAGUAGUUCUUUAAAAUACCAUUGGUUGCCAUGAUAAUGUAGUGAGGCACACACGAACAUUUAAUUAAAACAGACUCGGGGAAUUAAUUAUUCCCUAAGUCUGAAACUUGGACAAAUAC